GUCCGUCAAGCGGCCGUGCGGAGACACGGAGCCUGCGGCCUUGUUUACAGGCAGGCGGCCUGCCGAGCCAGCCGAGCCGAGCGCUCAGUGAGCCCAUCCUCCUGUCAUGGCGGCCUACAUUGGGGCGAGGCCCAGACCCCCGAGGCCCAGGCCCCGAUACCACGGGGGCGGCUGGUACCCGGAGCCCGAGCGGCUCGGCAGCAACCUGCCGCCGCUGGGCGUCUUCCAGGCGCACGGGCGGCUGUGGCGGGCGCAGCGCUGCCUGGGCAAAGGUUCGUCGGCCGCCGUCUACCGGGUGACAUCGGGGACGGCCCGGGCCGCGGUCAAGCAGUUUGUCCACGACACCAAGUCAGACUACGGCUUCCUGACCGAGAGCGGAGUCUUGGAGGACCUGCAGGGACACCGGAAUAUCGUGACUUUGUAUGGGAGAUUUUCCAACUUGUCCUAUACGAACCAACGUUGUAACUGCAUUUUGCUGGAAUUGUUGGAUGUCAGUGUUUCUGAGCUGCUGCUACACUCCAUUAAUCGAGGCCAUUCAAUGUGGAUGAUCCAGCACUGUGCUCGGGAUGUUCUGAAUGCACUAGCUUUUAUUCACCGAGAGGGUUACGUACAUGCAGACCUCAAACCAUGUAAUAUCCUCUGGAGUGCGGAAGAUGAAUGCUUUAAACUCAUUGACUUUGGGCUUAGUUUCCAAGAAGGAAAUCAGGAUGUAAAAUAUAUUCAGACGGAUGGUUACAGAGCUCCCGAAGCAGAGUUACAUAAUAUCUUAGCCCAGAUGGGCUUGGAAAGUAAUACAGAAUGCACAACAGCAGUUGAUAUUUGGAGCCUUGGAAUAAUUUUGCUGGAAAUGUUCUCAGGAAUAAAACUGAAGGAGACCAUCAAAUCUCCACAAUGGAAGGCAAACAGUUCUGCCAUCAUCGAUUCCAUUUUUGCAAGUAAAGAUAUGGUUUACUCGGCUAUCCCAGUUUAUCAUCUCAGAGAUGUUAUCAAAAGUAUGCUUCAUGAUGAUCCAGCACAAAGAACUACAGCAGAACAUGCUUUGUACAACCCUUUCUUCAGCAUUCCCUUUGCACCCCAUAUUGAAGAUCUGGUUAUGCUUCCAACCCCAGUGCUGAGACUGCUCAAUGUUAUUGAUGAUAGCCAUCUUCAGUGUGAAGAAUAUGAAGAUGUUGUGGAAGAUGUAAGGGAAGAAUGUCAGAAGUUUGGACCAGUUAUGUCGCUGCUUGUCCCAAAGGAGAAUCCUGGUAAAGGCCAGGUUUUUGUUGAAUUCAGAAGUGCUGCUGACUGCAAAAUAGCCCAGCAGAUGCUGACUGGAAGAAUGUUUGAUGGCAAGUUCGUUGUGGCUACAUUCUAUCCACUGUGUGCCUACAAGAGGGGAUACCUAUAUCACACUGUAGUUGCUGACACCUAAGCUACAACUAGGCUCACCACCUUUUACAAUCACCCAGGUCCCUUUUGAAAUAUUCCUCAAUACAAUAGCGUAAAAGGUUAAAUGUUUUGCUCCGUUUCCUUUUGUGUGUAAGCGAGCAUCGAUUUAAGCAGCUAGUUUAGAGAAAAGGUUUACAAAGUUAGGGAUUAAUGCACUUAAGUCUGCUGGCAAGUUAUUAACAAAAUCUAUUUUAUUACUAGAAGUUAUAGCAACCUGCAUUUGGUUCGUAAAAUGCUAAAAUAACAUCUUCGCUGGCAGAGCUAUCAAACACAUUAUUGUUAAUGGGGAGCAUGCUGGUGGAAAACUAUUAUAUCUGAACCUAAGAAAUCACAAAUCAUUUUUAUAAAUAGUGGAAAAAGACUAAAUUGGAUUGAAUCUAUGUCAGUGAGGUCAAAAGGAUCACAUUGUGAGCAUAUAAGUGCAUCAGAUGCAGAAAAGGUGUAAUUUCUUGAAGGGUUUUAAUGAACGUGUGUAGUAUACACACACAUACACCAGAAAAAUCACUCUUUACUGUGGGCAGGAGGGACGCACAUUUGAGCACAACUCUUAGAAUUCCUCAGUAGUACUCUAUUUGGCCUUGGUAUAGCAGCAGCUUGAAUGGUACGUGUGUGGUGCGUUGCGGUGCAGAUUUAUUUAUAUUCAGGGAGAUAUAAGAAAAGGUUCCUUGUAUCAUUUCAGAGAUUUAGAGACUGCAUUAUGUUGAUUUUUUUUCCCUUGCAAUGGGACAGCCUUGCUAUUGUUGAGUGGCCUAGAGAUGCACAAACUGACCAUAGGCCACAGAUACUAAACAAACAGCAACUUUUUCCACGUAUGAACACAUUCAUUCAGAUACAUACAUAGACAACCCAUGCCAAAAAUAAUAUGGUUAGUAGUAUAGUUAGGGACGUAAAUAGCAGUUAAAUCUUGGCUGCAAAGUACACUUGGCUUCCUCAGACACCUUUUAUAUACCCAGUAAUUCGGUAUACAAUUAAAAACUCGAAUUUCUAAAAUUGUGGGGGCCGUAAUCACAUUAUUCUUAUAAAUCACUCAAAAUAGUCCGAAUAUCAAAUAAAAUCAGCCACAAUUGCAACAUCUACUCUGACAGAGAUUUAAAAGAGAGCAUGCACUCGCGCACACUUUAUACUGUAGUGAGUGCAGUUCAUACACCUAAUUUUACUGUAAAGUCAACACAUGCCCAAAGCCAAAAAUAACCUUCAACAAAAAGAUCGUUGUUGUCUCAGUCAUAAAACAAGCCUAACAUAAUAUAUGUAUCUCAUUUUUACCAUAACAAUAUUAAUGAAAACACAUGGUAUUUUGUAUAAAAACAAAAAAACUGCGGAUGCUGGAAAUCCAAAAUAAAAACAGAAUUACCUGGAAAAACUCAGCAGGUCUGGCAGCAUCGGCGGAGAAGAAAA